AUGUUUGAUGCCUCAACAGAGGACAAUGUUCCUAAAACUCCACCAAACACAAGUACCACUGAUCUUUCCACAGGAAAAGCACCAUCAGCAAAAAAUCCUAUAGACCUUUUACUUUCUGAAUUGUCAGGUCCUAUGACACCAGUGACUGGUGGCAUGUCACCUGUUCCAAGCAGUGCCAAUAAUGAUCCAACAGCUACAACAGUACAAAAUGCUAUUGAUUGGAACUUUCCACCUACUUCAGCAGGGAAAACAACUGCAUCAUCCAACAAUACCAACAAUACUAGUGUUUGGCCAUCCACAUCCACUGAACCAGCACAAACUUCUAAUGAAGUUCCUCCACAUACUGAAGUUUUACAUCAACAUAAUCCAUCAAGCAUGCAGUAUCUUCCAUCUGCAUCAGUAGCUUUUAGUUCAACUGCACAACCAACAAACUCUCCAGUCAUAGAUGUAGCUUCAAAUAAUAAGCCAUCAGUAACUCCAAGUGAAAAAGAUCCUUCAUGGUCUUUUACCGAACUACCAUCUCAAACUACCUCAAAACCCACUCAAGAAACCAAAUCUGAUGUUGGCUUGCAGCCUAGUAAAGUGGAAACUAAGGCUAGUGGAAGACAAGAAAUUCCAGAGAACCUUUUUACACCAAGCUAUUUAUCUAGGCCAGCACCCCUUCCAAAUUGGCAGAAUGUUCAACCUUCUGGCAUGGGAUAUGGCUUGCAGUAUUAUCAUAAUGCUUUGCCUCCCUCAGCCCUUUCAAAUUCACCAAUGUCCAUCAACCCCUUUGAAUUAACUGAUGUGAGAAAUAUAACCCAUGUCUCAUCGCUUCCUUCUAUGGCUUCUGUGCCUGGUGCACCACAAGCUCUAUCAUCUCCCAGAACAGCAUUGAUGCAUACUGCAAGCCUGGGGUCUUUGGUGUCUCAGUCUCCAAGUUAUACAUCCCCAGUUAUGGGUACAUAUCUUGUCUUCCAUUUCCUUUGA